AUGAAUCCGACGACACAAUCGGCCGAUCCUGAUCCCAAAGACGCGUCUCCCAUGAACUCUAGCUAUUGGGGGAAGAGUCUCUUGGUUACAUUGACUUCAUGCGCGCUGGGCAUUUUGUCUGCGGAGUUCAAGGUACACCUUGCUCCCUCGAGAUACCUGGAUCUCACGAAUCUGCCUUUUUGUUUGGAAAAGGAUACCAUCGUGCCAGUGGCUGAUGAUGAUGGUAGUGUAUUAGCUUUUGAGCGUUGGGAAUUUCUUGGGAGUAUUAUCGCUUGGAAGAGAAUCAAAAGUGCAAUACUUACAAUCUUUGGGGAGAACGAAGCCGCAAAGCAAGGCGCUUUUCUUCUUGGUCCAGAUUGA